AUGAUUCCAUUUGAUGCCAUUCUUUAUUACUGCAAGAACUCUCUGUUAUCUAUCUAUCUAUCUAUCUAUCUAUCUAUCUAUCUAUCUCAGUGUGUUAUCUAUCUGUGUAUCUGGGAUGGUUUUUUAUCUAUCUGUCUAUCUAUCUAUCUAUCUAUCUAUCUAUCUAUCUAUCUAUCUAUUAAUCUAUUAAUCGCAGCGUGUUCCUUAUCUAUUUUCGGUAUCUGGGAUGGGUUUUUUUUUAUCUAUCUAUCUAUCUAUCUAUCUAUCUAUCUAUCUAUCUAUCACGGCUUGUUCAUUUCUUUCUUUCUUUCUUUCUUUCUUUCUUUCUUUCUUUCUAUCUAUCUAUCACGGCUUGUUCAUUUCUUUCUUUCUUUCUUUCUUUCUUUCUUUCUAUCACGGCUUGUUCACAUCUAUCUAGCCAGCUACGCAGUUUUUUUUCAUAUUAUCUAUCUAUCUAUCUAUCUAUCUAUCUAUCUAUCUAUCUAUCUAUCAUCACGGUUUGUUCAUUUCUUUUCUUUCUAUCUAUCUAUCACGGCUUGUUCAUUUCUUUCUUUCUUUCUUUCUUUUCUUUCUUUCUUUCUUUCUUUCUAUCUAUCUAUCACGGCUUGUUCACAUCUAUCUAGCCAGCUACGCAGUUUUUUCAUAGUUAUCUAUCUAUCUAUCUAUCUAUCUAUCUAUCUAUCUAUCUAUCUAUCUAUCUAUCUAUCUAUCUAUCUAUCACGGCUUGUUCAUUUCUUUCUUUCUAUCUAUCUAUCACGGCUUGUUCAUUUCUUUCUUUCUUUCUUUCUUUCUUUCUAUCUAUCUAUCACGGCUUGUUCACAUCUAUCUAGCCAGCCACGCAGUUUUUUCAUAUCUAUCUAUCUAUCUAUCUAUCUAUCUAUCUAUCUAUCUAUCCCAACUUGUUCAUUUCUUUCUAUCUAUCUAUCUAUCUAUCUAUCACAGCCUCUUCAUUUCUUUCUAUUUAUCUAUCUUUCUAUCACGGCUCUUUCACAUCUGUCUAUCUAUCACAGUUUAUUCAUAUCUAUCUAUCUAUCUAUCUAUCUAUCUAUCUAUCUAUCUAUCUAUCACGGCUUGUUCAUAUAUGCCUGCCUUCCUAUCUAUCUAUCUAUCUAUCUAUCUAUCUAUCUAUCCAGCAUAUGA